AUGAGCUUUGCAAAGCAACAUGCCGCCUCGCAAUCGUCAAUGCCCAGGCCAGCAACCACAAACAGCAGACCGUCGGCUGUCAGCAACGAGGUCUCAGACGAAGCCGUAACUAGUUCUCCAGACCAGCAACAAGACCAUGGGCAGGAACAGAUCCAUCAGGAAUAUGAACCAUCUCAUUCAGCACAAGAUGCUACUCUAACUUCGUUCCGGCCCUUUUUCACUUUGAUCGAAGACGCAAACACCUCGAAAUUCUACCACCCAACCGUGCACUACGUCUUUUCUGACGAUGACACCAGUCUGAUCACCGAAGCGGCGCUGCGGUCGCUAGAUCAGCAGCAGCGGCCACCGCAUCCGCCAUCCAAAGGAAGAUCAGCCCAGGAUCCCUCGGGCAAGGGCAAGAAGAAAGCCGUUGCCGAAGAAAUCGAGCUCUCCUCCUCCGCCUCCCACCUAUACACCGGAAAGCUCCCACCGCCCAUCCCAGAGGCGCAAGAGCACAUUAUAAUCCUCGACGUCGAGCCAACAGCUUCCUCCACUGCCAUCCUGCCCUCCGAUCCUCACUCUGCCUCUCACCCCGCCGAUCCCGCGCCGACGUCAUCUCCCUCCUCCGGCCCCAGUCCCAUCCACAUCCCGCAGCAGCAGCAGCAUCAACAACAACAGCACCAACAGCACCCGUUCCCCCUGCCCUCCCACUACAAGAUAACCUCCGCCCGCUCUCUCUCUCCCACCUGGCAAGUCCUAUCCACCCACCUCACCCCAACCCCAACCUUCGACUCCUCCCUCAUUCCCGCUCCCAUAACCCAAACAACAUCUCCAGACUCCGCACCUUUCCCCGUCAUGCUCAGGGUCGAAGGCACAGCUGGCUCACCGGGAAUGGUGAACAAUAAUAAUGCUAAUGCUGCUGCCGCUGCCGCUGCCGCCACCACCACCGAAUCGAGACACCGAUCCGCAUUGCAGGGUAAUUCUUCCGUGGCUACCGGCCAACAGACCCUGGACCAGAUGGUAGAGCUGUUUGAAAAGCGGAUGGGGGAGCUGAGGAAGGUUGUCGAGGCGAGUGGAUACGGUGCGCCGGCACAAGUAGAGCAUGAGGGGAGACAAAACGAAGAGUAA